AAGAAAAGUGAAAGCUAUGAAAGAGUGUCGUAGUGUCAUGGAGAUUUAAAGAAAUAGCUCCUAUAGCAGCACUGAAAAAACUAACAGAAGCUAAUAAAACCCCACAAUAUUCUCCAUAAAGAUGGAUUCAAAUAUUAUAUAACUUUAAUGGGAAAGUCCCAAUUUCAGUUCUAUUUAUUUCCAAAUGAGCAAAUACUGCACAUAAUAGCUACUGUAUACAGUAUAUAUCCUCACAUGACUUCUCAUACCACUGCUAUGCCGAUGAUGACACCUAACAUAUCUUCUCCUUCCCUCCCUCCGAUACCACUCGGUUCUUGGAUCCCAGCUUGUCUGGCAACUGUUUCAUCGUGGAUGACCAGCUCAUCAGCUGAACCUCAAUCCCAGCAGAACUGCAUGGUCAUCCCAGGUGAUUCAUCCCCAGCCCAGGAUCUGAGUGAUAUCUCUGAACAACUCCAUGAUCUCUCCUUCACCCACUGCUUGCAGCCUUGGAGUAACCAGGGACAAUCAGCUGUCCGUUUCCUCCCAUGUUACUAAUGUGACACGCUCACGUCAGUUUCUUAUGUACAACAUCAGAAGGAUUCGGCCAUUUCUAUCCACCAAGGCUGCUUAGGUGUUAGUUCAGUAUCUUGUCAUUUCGAGACUGAACUACUGCAAAUCUCUACUGGCAGGUCUACCUCUGAACGCAUUUCGUCCACUGCAAAUGAUGCAAAAUGCAGUUGAAUGACUUGUUUUCAACCUGCUUAAGUUCUCACACACCACCCCACUGCUGCAUUCCUCCACUGGCUUCCUGUAGCUGCACACAUCAGAUUCAAAACACUGAUGCUUGCCUACAAAGCUAAGAAUGGACCAGCACCAUCUUACCUCUAAGCUCUUAUUACUCCUUGCACUACACCAUGCUCCCUCCUGUCCACUAGCGCUGCUCAACUGGUCUCACCCUUUCUCAGAGUAAGAGGUAGGUAUACAUCUAGACUCUUCUCUGUUCAGGCACCGAGGUGUUGGAAUGAACUUCCCCUAGAUGUCCGUACAGUCGAGUCACUGACUGUCUUCAAACGAUGGAUGAAGACCUACCUCUUCCUGAAACACUUAAACUAGCUCUUAUUUUCCCUGUUUGUUUGUCCUAAGUCUGUCACCUAUUGACCCAGUGUUAAUAUAUUCAUUGAUAGAGACUUGAACACAUGAGAUAUCUAGAUUUCCAUACCAUAAUUCAUAAACAUACCAUAAUUCAUGCCCUUAAUAUAUGAAGUUUUGACCUUUGAAGCUUGACACAUUGCCUAAACAUAUUAAUUCAUGGCCACACCUUAUUAAGAAAUAACCAUGCCACAUUUAAACCAAAAACUAUUUUGUGUCGGACGCUAAAAUUCCAUGUCUGUAGGCCAUUUAGCCCAGAAAAUAAGCUUUGUAUUAAAUAUAGCUUAACUUAAUUGCUUUUAUUUACCACCAGCAGUACAGGGGAAUGCAAAUUUUUGAAAUAUACUAUUUCCAGGCACACGGGUUAAGUUGUUGAGUAGGAUGAAAAUGAAAAUGAUGUUGGAAACUAAAAAACUAGUUUGACCACAAAAAUAAUGGGAAAAGCUGUGACAUAAAUAGAAAUUUUAGUAUUUACUGCGCCCUCCACCGGCAGUAUGCUGGUAGUGCCAUGGUAAUCUAUCGGCUGACAUUUUCUUCUAUUAAUACCGUCAGCUUUAACUGAGGGUCAACAAUAUCUUGUGACUGACUGUGCAGUUUCUCAGAACGGACAUUAGCUGGUUUACUGGUUUUAUCAGGUUUCUUAUGCACAGAAAGAUCAGAUCCAAACUGUAAACAAAACCAGAACUAAAUAGAGAAUCAUUUUAAAUAGCAAAAAAAAAAAAAAUGUAGGCAACUAUUUUGGAGGAUUUUUCUUUAGAGGUAAUAGACGACCUUUUUAAGGCUUUAAGGCAGUUUUCCCCUGUAUUGUAGCAGGCAGAUGUAUCACUCAGUGGCAUGUCUCAGAACACAUUUGCUUUCACAUCAGCGACACUGCGCUCACUGAGGAUGGAACAGGAGCUGCAGGACUGGAGGGAAACACGAAGGGAACUGGAGCACAGGAGGGUAAUGAGUAGGCGACCGCUGCCGGCUGCACCCCGGCUCAGGCACGGGACAGAGAGGAUCCAAACAGUACGAGCCCCUCCACCUCAAAUCCACUGCAGAGACCCGGUUGUCCACAACACGUUUAUGUAUGGAGAUAUGAGGAGUGUGUAUGCUAUACUCAAAGAACCUGGUAUGGUGAAUGCCCUAAUGGAGAUUGUCCAUGAGGAGAUGGUGUGGACUCCAGAAAUGGGCAUGUGGACUCUGUCUUCUAAAGUGAAGCAGACAUCUGCCUUGCGCCUGGCUGCCAGCAGGGGUCACUAUGGAUGUGCGGAAGAGCUGUUAUUCCGUGGAGCAGAGGUCGAUGCUGACCCUGGGGGACGAUCGGCCCUCCACGACGCUUGCUCCGGGGGUCACCACUCCUGUGUAAAGCUGCUGCUGGAACAUGGAGCUGACCCCAAUCUGCUGUCAGCCGACGGCGAUGCACCCCUUCACCUGUGCAACACUGCUGAGACCUAUGUCUGUACAGAGCUGCUAGUCAGCAUGGGUGCUGAUGUGAAUGUGGCCCACCGUGACACGUGUCUAACUCCACUGCACUUAGCAUGUAGAAGGGGUUUAGAGGAACAUGUGGAACUGCUGCUGGCUCACAGAGCUGAUGUGACUGCACAGAACCGUGAGGGUGAGACGCCGCUGAAUGCUGCAUGCGCCGGUGCUGAGAGGCCAGCUGAGACUGCGAGAUACCUGGGUGUGGUGCAGAGACUGCUACGAGCUGGUGCACAUGCACACACAGCCGGCAGGAAGCAGCACACUGCCCUACAUAACGCCUGCAGUAACUGCAGCUAUCAGAUUGCUGAUAUGCUUCUGCAGCAUGGAGCUCAGGCAGAUGCAGCCAACUGUGCAGGAUACACACCCAUGGACUGCCUGCUGCAGGUGGUAGAGGAUUAUCCAGAUCAGCACCCUGAAUUAAUCGCUCGUUCACUUCUCAACCACGGAGCAAAGCCUCCUUCUACUAAACUACUGAAGUUGUGCUUUCUCUCGCCUGCCACUCUGGAAGUGAUGCUGAACUGCUACCCAGUGGUGCCAGACUGUGAGGACUGGCUACAGGAAGUCCCAAAUGAACUCCUGAAGGAGCACAAGUGUUUCUUCAACUCAGUUCGCCGGAUGAGUGGACAGCCUCGAACACUCCAGCACCUCUGUCGAUGUUCUCUGAGAAUCAUUCUGGGUGCAAAGUGCCACUCUGCCAUCAAUAAGCUCAAUAUCCCAUGUGCACUUAAAGAGUAUCUGCUGCUGCAGAUUAAAGGAGAGCUCCAAUGACACAUGAACACAUGAAUGGAAAAAAAAAAAGCUAUAAAACUAUUUAGCUGUGAGCUGGCUAAAGCUCCAUCGAUUCAGGGUGCCAGUCAAGUGACCAUAAGCAGUUCAAAUGGAAAACAUCACAAUUACAUUCAUGCCUUUUGUCAUUUGGAUGCAAUACUUAUUUUUGCUUUUAUUUUAGACUAAUAACCAACAUUGUGUAAAAUCUGCAACCCAAGCUUAUCCCUCUUAUCAGUUACGUUAUUAGCAUUAUGUCUUGAUGAUAAUAGGGAAAAAACAGCUUGUGGAAGUACUGAGAAAUCAGAAAGUCCUUUGAAGAACUUACUGACUAUUCCAAAUGACUGACACUGGAGACCUCGUCUAAGAAGGUUAAAUAAAGGCCGUACAGAAAACCUCACCAAGUUGUUUUUCUUCAGGCCAUGACACAUUUUGAAAAUUUUCUAAUAACACAAUUUUAGUCACUGAGACAUGGACUUACUUGAAUUCAACUUGUGUGGCUUGAUAUUUGUAAAGAUAAUUCAUAGACAUUUUUUAAUUAAAGUGUUUGCAUGGCCAUGUGACGUGUGUGUGUGUGUGUGUGUGUGUGUGUGUGUGUUCAAAUGUUAUUCAAUUUGGAACAAAGAUUGAACUACUGUACAGGCAUUUAAAUAAAAUUGUACGCUUGGUUUCUAUAGAUGAGCAGAUGGGAGACAUUU